AUGGGGAACGUAUCACCCACGCCCCAUGAACUGUUGGUCGAAGCUGUGACCUUUUGGAGUAUCGGAGCGGUACUCUACAUUGGCCGAAUGUAUGUGCGAACUGUCUGCGCCCGGAUACUAUAUACGUCCUUGCUGAUCUUGAUUCAAAUCUCGGCAAAAUACGCGACGAAUCUGAUGGAUCCGAGCGAGUACGACGAGGUCCUCUCAGACUCCCGACAAGUUCACGAGCGCAUCCUUGGAAGCAAAAUUGUUAUUGCACUGGAACAGUGUAUGCUCUUUGUAACCUGGGGUGUGAAAAUCUGCAUGUUGAUACUCUACUGGCGGAUCACCAAGAACCUGCCCUCGAACCUCUACGUCAAGAUUCUCGCCGCUUAUGUGGUGCUUGGUUUUGCCGUAAUAAUGAUCACCUACUAUGCCGUGUAUUGCAGACCUUUCUCGCAAUAUUGGGCGUUGCCGGUGUCGAAUUUGCAGUGCGCCACGUACCAACACUAUUCAAUCACACAGGCCGUUUUCAAUGUCUCGUCAGACGCCUUUAUGUUUGCCAUUCCAAUACCGCUCAUCGUCAAAGCGAGGCUUCCAUUGCACCGGAAGAUGCUGAUAGGCUGCAUCAUGAGCCUGGGUCUUUUCACGGUCAUUGCCGCCAUCCUGAAUAAAUACUUCAACUUUGCCUCCCCCAUGACCACCGUGUACCAGAUCUGGUAUAUACGUGAGGCAAGCACUGCCAUCUUUGUCGCCAAUAUGAUGUGCUGGUGGCCGCUUCUCAGGAAGAUGUUUGGUAUGAGAGCCUUCCAGUACCACAGCAGCCCUGGACGACCAUCCCGGGGUACCGACAAUAAGGAAAGCAAGCCCUACUUCAAGUCCGCUGGCUCGCAGUCUCGUUCAUCCUUCUCGUUAAACCACCCCUUUCGUCUCUCUCGGUCCAAUUUCCAGAACUCGGCAAAGGGUAUUACACUCACUGGACACAGCAAUGCAGCAUACUCUAGCCAAGAGGCGAUAAAUCAGUAUACGGGUGGGAUCGUGGAGGAUCUAGAUCGCGUGGGUAAUAUUCCACUCCCGGUUUGGGGCAAGGGCAACGAACGAGGCACAGACGUUGAAAACCUCGUGGUCCAGGAAUCCAUCGCAAAGUUUGAACAACGGGAUCACGGGGCAGAGGUGCCUCUUAGAGAUCGAAUUUACUGUACACGCGAGUUUGACAUUCGCUCUGACUGCAGGAGCGGACACUCGUCUAUAUGA